GCGCGUUCUCUCCCGGGCUCCGGCGCCGCGGCGGAAGGUCAGUGCGGGCGGUCGUCCGGCAUCUCUCUCCGGGCGAGUGCCGGGGGAGCAGAGUCCCCGUCUCGGAGCGCAAGCCCGCUGCGGCCCGUGACUGGCCGGAGCCGAGCGUUUGAGGACAACAUGCCAGUCGUUAGGAUGCUGAGGCAAGCGCUGAGUCAGGCCAUGCAGAGUCCAUGCUGUGGCUGCCGGACCUCCGUGGUGCCUGUCCGGUUUCUGGGUGUCUCCCCUCGGCAAGUCCCUGUGGACGCCAACUUCCACUCUGCCUCUUUCUCUGAAACGGACCAUCCACGGGUCUUGAUUACAGGAGGUCUUGGCCAGCUGGGAGUUGGGCUUGCCAACCUUUUGAGGAAACGAUUCGGGAAGGACAACGUGAUUCUGUCUGACAUAAGGAAACCCCCUGAUCAUGUCUUCCACAGUGGCCCGUUUAUUUAUUCCGACAUCUUGGACUACAAGAACCUUCGGGAGAUUGUGGUAAACAACCGCAUCACCUGGGUCUUUCAUUACAGUGCCUUGCUCAGCGCUGUGGGAGAGGCGAAUGUGCCCUUGGCGAGGGCUGUGAAUAUAACUGGAUUGCAUAAUAUUCUGGAUGUUGCAGCAGAACACAAUCUGCGAUUGUUCAUUCCUAGCACGAUCGGGGCUUUUGGGCCCACCUCUCCCCGGAACCCAACCCCUGACCUCUGUAUUCAGAGACCCAGGACCAUCUAUGGGGUGUCCAAGGUCCACGCAGAACUCAUGGGAGAGUAUUAUCAUCACCGGUAUGGGUUAGAUUUCCGGUGCCUGAGAUACCCCGGGAUCAUUUCAGCAGAUUCGCAACCUGGAGGGGGCACAACUGACUACGCCGUGCAGAUUUUCCACGAUGCCACGAAGAGUGGCAAAUUCGAGUGCAACCUGAAAGCGAGCACGAGGCUGCCCAUGAUGUACAUUGACGACUGCCUCCGGGCCACCCUGGAGGUCAUGGAGGCACCCGCCGAGCGCCUCUCCAUGAGGACCUACAACGUCAACGCCAUGAGCUUCACCCCCGAGGAGCUGGCCCAGGAGGUCCUCAAGCACGUGCCGGAAUUCCAGAUCACGUACCACGUGGAUCCUGUGCGACAGGCCAUAGCGGAUAGUUGGCCAAUGAACUUUGAUGAUAGCAACGCCCGGAAGGACUGGGGGUGGAAACACGAUUUUGAUCUUCCGGAGCUGGUGACUACAAUGUUGAACUUCCAUGGCUCUGACACCAGAGUUGCCCAAGCCAACUGAAGGAAUCCAAAGCGAAGGAUCUCCUGUGAAUCCUGGAGGGAACCAUCUGACCCCGGGCACCUACAUUAUUUGGACUUGAGGGACUAAUUGGAUUCGAUUCCAGCAGCUCAUAUUGAAUCGCUGCACGGAGAAUGGAGUUAGCUUCAAGCAUUUGCAAAGUGUUAGAGGUUUGGUGUGAGGACUUCUCCAUCAUUGCUCUUUGCCUAAACACACAUAGUAUGGAGAAUGAAGUCGUGAUGGUUUCCAUUCCAUUAAUUAAUAUGAAGAAAAUGUAUCUAAGAACAUGAAAGUAUGUGAGAUUUCUAUUUAAUUAAAUUCAACUUAAAUGUCA